CGCCGCAAACAAGCGCUGGGACACAACCAGUGCAGGCCCUAGGGCCGAAUACGAGGGCCAACAGAUCCAAGACCAGGACAACGAACACAUGCGAGACCAGAACCGCAGGCACAGAUGCGAAUUACAUCGUAGGUACUGAUACUAGCGCCACCACGAGCACUGCCAGUAUACCUCUGAGCUACACGGAGGAGGAGGGGGGAAGGAUAUAUGGGCUGAUGUUUUCACCGGACGGGAAAAUGAUUGCGUGUGGGUGGGAGGACGGAAGCGUUCAGCGGUGGAAUAUCGACGGGAAGAUGAUGAAAGGCGUUUGGAUGGGUCAUAGUAGCCGGGUGAAUUCGCUCUCGUGGUCUCUCAACGGGGGUCAAGCGGGUCCUUUGAUGGAACAAUUCUGGUCUGAAAAGCAGAAAACGGAAGAGUCAAGACCAACGGUAAUCCUAGGUAGUCUCUCUCAACUGUGGUUAACUAUUUAUAUAUUGGCCCUCAUCUCAUCUCACUGGCAGGUUAUACGUAGACGCGUGCUGAUCAUCUAUGGACAAUGGCAAGCCCAAAAUUCUAUACGAACGGAGAGGCUAGCGCUGCUUACGUUCUCACAUCGGCAUUCCGUUUCAACACCUUAGCUCCUUACGAAUACAGAAGUUUCGUGCUUCAAACAUCUGCAAAACGACGAAAUGAACGCUUAGCUUACGCGCGUUACGAACCCUUACGAACCCUUACGAAUUC